CAGCAGUUUAGGACCUCUUAGCAGCCGUCCUACAUUUGCGUGCGGGAUAGAGGUUGGGCGCCCCCGUGUGUGUGAGAGAAUGAUGGCGGCAUGCGGAGUCGGACUCCUUUUCUUCCCUAAUUCCUCCUGCUUUUCUUCUCCGCCUCGUCUUCCUCAUCUCUGUUUAGCCAAGGCCAGAUCAUUUGCCAUGGCGGCAUGGAGUGAUGAUCCAAUCCAUGAAUGGAUCCUCUCGGAAGGAAAUGCCACUCAGAUCACAAGGAUUAGCCCUAUUGGUGGUGGUUGCAUCAAUCUUGCAAAUCGUUAUGAUACUGAUGCUGGUUCUUUCUUUGUCAAGACAAAUAGGAGUAUUGGACCAUCAAUGUUUGAGGGAGAGGCUCUUGGUCUAAGUGCAAUGUAUGAGACCAGAUCAAUCCAUGUACCAAAGCCAUUUAAGGUGGGUCCCUUACCAAUGGGUGGUUCAUACAUAAUAAUGGAAUUUAUUGAAUUUGGUGCAUCAAGAGGCAAUCAGUCUGAUUUGGGAAGGAAAGUUGCUGAGAUGCAUAAGGCUGGAAAAUCUGAAAAAGGAUUUGGGUUUGAUGUUAAUAAUACAAUUGGCAGUACUCCACAGAUAAAUACCUGGUCAUCAGAUUGGAUUGAGUUCUAUGCAGAGUAUAGAUUGGGUUAUCAACUGAAGUUGGCAGAGGAACAAUAUGGCGAUUCAACCAUUUACGAAAAAGGGCAAAGACUGGUUAAGAAUAUGAGACCUCUCUUUGAAAAUGUUGUGAUAGAACCUUGCUUGCUGCAUGGAGACUUAUGGAGUGGGAAUAUCAGUUCUGACAAGAAUGGCCAGCCUGUUAUACUUGACCCAGCUUGUUAUUAUGGGCAUAAUGAAGCAGAAUUUGGAAUGUCAUGGUGUGCAGGCUUCGGGGAAUCUUUCUAUAAUUCCUAUUUUGAGGUAAUGCACAAACAACAAGGCUUUGAGGAGAGGAGAGGUUUGUAUAUGUUGUACCAUUACUUGAAUCAUUACAAUUUAUUUGGUUUUGGGUACCGAUCAUCUGCCAUGUCUAUAAUAGAUGACUAUCUACGUAUGUUAAAAGCUUAGAUAAUGGUCCAAGUUCCAAGCAUCUCUUUGUAAAUAACUGAUUUUUUCAAGAAGAUCAAGUCUAUGUAUGUUGUUGCUUGCUUUGGCUCUAAA